AAAUUUGAUGAUGCAAUGCGUCAUUUGAGUGCAGCCAUCAAGCGAGAUCUCAAGAACAUAGAUUUGUAUGAAUUGCAAAUUGUUACCUAUUUGCAGCGAGACAAGAUCCGUGAAGCUCGUGCCGCUGUUGCCAUUUGUAUGCAGAACCUUCCGAACUCACCCAGAGCGCGUGUUCUAAAAGCCCAAGUAUUGCUUGCCACUCCAAGUGGUAAAGAGGAAGCACAAACAAUCCUAGAGGAAGUGGUAUUCGCUCAUCCUUACCUUCUCGAAGCAGUAUGGCUGCUAAUAAGUCAGUAUGACAGCACCCAUAACUAUCAAAAAGGCACAGAAGUAUUGAAGAAGCUGACGGAGAAUUCAAUGGUUCCUUUCCAUUCAAUGGGCCGGUUACAUCAUCAACUGGGUGAAUUCUUAUCAAAAACAGGCAUGCCGGCUGCAGCGUACCAUCACACCAAUCUCGCGCUAACAAAGCAAUGUAAAGAGGCGGCAGAUCAGAUGACCCAGUUGGAACCAUCGCUGUCAUUCCAUACUCCUCCUAUGCCGACUACUCCGACUUGUGCACCGUCUGAAUGUCCUGGAGCCCCUCGUAUUCGUGGAAGGCAUCGGCAUGCUACGCCUGGAACCACCACAACCACGGUGGCUGGUGACUCCGAAGGCCGUGGUGUUCGACUGUUUUCAUUUGAUUCCUCAAUGGAUGAUGCAAGUGCUGAAGCGAUGGAUAUUCCUUCAGAGUAA